UUUAACUCCUUUUUCCUUCGCUAUUAAGUCUUCACCUUCACCUUCAUCCCUCCAUUUUUCCCCACUUCAAUUCAUUCCUAAACCCUUCUCAUCAAUGGCGGAAUCAGAUGUUCUCACACCACCGCAAAAUCACUCUACUCCCUCUCCAAGUAAGUUCAAUACUCAUUUAUUAUACAAACUUAUGACCGCCGUUUUCUUUCUUCUCAUUCUCCCUUUAGUCCCUUCCCAAGCCCCUGAGUUUGUCAAUCAAACUUUACUCACCAGAAGCUGGGAGCUUCUCCACCUUCUUUUCGUCGGAAUCGCUGUUUCUUACGGCCUUUUUAGCCGUAGAAGCGACGAAAAAGAAGAUGAGAUUAGUGUUUCCAAGUUUGAUAAUGUUCAAUCUUAUGUUUCUGGUUUGCUUCAUGUUUCCUCUGUUUUUGAUGAUGAACCUGAAACUCCUUCUGCUAAUGAUGAUGAAAAUAAGGUCCAAACAUGGAAUAAUCGGUAUUUUAGAAAUGAAUCUGUUGUUGUUGCUGAAGAACGUCCUGUUGUUAAUGAGCAGAGAGUUAGGAGUGAGAAACCUUUGCUUCUCCCUGUUCGUAGUUUGAAAUCUCGUGUUAUUGUAGAUGAUGAGUCUAGAUCUAAGAAGAGAGUGAGUUCCAGAAGGUUGUUGAGUAAUUUGAAGAGGACUUCGAAUGUGGAGUUUGGAGGAGUGAAUAAUCUUGAUGAAAUUGACGAUAAGUUGAAUGAGAAUGUCGUUCUUCCAUCUCCGGUUCCAUGGCGGUCAAGAUCGGGGAGGUUGGAGAAGCAAGAAGAAGCUGACAAUCCUUCCAUGGAGGAUUCCGAAUCGAAUCGGAUCGGUUCUAGGUCUCCUAAGCCUCAAACUUCAAAAUCUUCCCGAGCCAGUGCCAUUCCUCAGAAACUAUCUCCUUCUCCAUCUCCAUCUCCAAGGAAACCAUCUCCUUCCCAUAACGUGUCGCCAGAAUUACAGGCCAAGAGUGCAGAGGAUUUGGUGAGGAAGAAGAGCUUUUACCGCUCUCCGCCUCCGCCGCCACCCCCACCCCCACCCCCACCACGUGUUCGAAGAACUUCCUCGAUGAAACCAAGCUCAUGGGUGAACGAGGAUGAUAUACCUCAUCAAAAGGAAUUGAGAAGAAGCUUCACUAGUAAGCCUAGAGCCAUAAUUCGUGAUACGGGAGAUGAUACUGAUAUGAUGCUUGGUUCUAAUUCUAGUGGCGAAACACAACCUAGAAAUUAUGUCGAUAGUCUAUCAAUGGGAAAAUCUGUUAGAACAAUUAGGCCUGGCGAAGUUGUGAAUGAACCACCAAGAAGAGGGAGAGAAUUUAGUGUGAAUGAUCAAUUGAAGGGGAAGAUGAUGAUGAAUGAGAACACCCAUAUCCAAGAUUUUGAAGAAAACCCCAUUGAGUUCCCAGAUGAAGAUAAAGAAGAAUUGGUUGAAAAGCUAACAUUGGACACCGACGUCGACGAUGAUGACGACGACAUGGAAAGUGAGAUAGAAGAGAAUAAUAGCAUGGUGGGGAAGUUUAUCAGGGAAGACAAUGGAGAACCUUUUGAUGUGAAACGGAGAAAUAGAGACGACGAAAGAGGUUCGAGAAAUGAAGAAGAAAAAGAAGAAGAAGAAGAAGAAGAAGCAGGAAGCGCUAGUAAUAUUGGUAAUGAUGGAGGACCAGAUGUAGAUAAAAAGGCUGAUGAGUUCAUUGCCAAAUUCAGAGAGCAAAUCAGGCUUCAAAGGAUUGAAUCAAUCAAAAGAUCAAGUGGACAAAUACGUAAGAACAUUACAAAGCAAACUUGAAGAUGAAAGAUUAUGUAUCAUAUACCCUUCUCUUCAUUUCAAUUCUCUGGAAAGUGUUUCAUCUCCUCCAAAAUAUUCAUCCACUGGAUUUAUAUGAUUAGAUGAUUCUGUAGUUCAUCAGGCAUCUUCCUAUUAAUAUGUUUGUUGAUCUACAGUUGAACCAACAACAAGGCUGAUUAUGACUUUAGUGUUGUGUAUGUAAUUUGUUUGAAAGUUUUUUUUUUCUUUUCUUAUUUGGCUGUUUAAAUAGUUUGUUUCACUUUAUUAACUAUAUUUCUUUUAUAUAUAUAUAUAUACACAAAACUUUUGGCUUAGAAA